CGUUUAAGAGUUUGGGCUGUUGCUUGUAUUGGUACCCUUACAACAAAGUCGAAGACAUAUGCAAGGUGAAGUGACAAGACUGCUGCUUCAUCGAUUAAAUGUUAUAAGCGGAGGGCUGCUGCCAGAUGCCACCUUCAGUGGACCUUCAAUGGACUGAAACACAGGAUGCGCAGAAUGACGGGAACCUACAAAGGGCAUAUCACAGUUAUAGUCCUAGUCCUCAUGAUUUGGACUGUAAUGGAGUAUGCUGCUUCAAACUACUGGACUCGAAUGGACACAAAUGACUUCAUUGCCCCAGCAAAGUACCCUGGUGUGGACCUAAGUGUGUCAGCUGAGAGUCCUCGGUGCCCGGAUGUGAAGACAGGGAUGAUGAGAGGAAGAUGGAGGCCUCGCAUUCUGACUGCACAAGAGAAAGUAGACAUAGGCUCAUUUCUCAAGUCAGCCCGACAUCGUACCCCAAAGCCAAUGCAGAGAAGCGACGGAAAAUGUGGGAACGUGGCAUAUGAAAACGUUUACUACAUACGUGCGCUGUGUAACCCGGCAGGUCCUACGCCAUGUUGCUAUGGUGAUACGUGCAUCAACAAGACCCCGGAUGACUGUAAAUGUCCGAACUGUUACGAUCUUCGUACUGAGAUUCAUGCAGAGUACUCUACGUGGGAGCCCGAAGACUCCCGAUGUCAGGUGAAGAACUUCACAGCUCAGCAGGCAUGUGUUCUACUGAAGGGGCUGACAAUAGCCUUUGUAGGAAAUUCUUUUGUGCGCCACGUGUACACGGCGCUGCUGUUGUUGAUGACCAACUAUGAUAUUAAUGGUGCCUUCAUUGCUGGUAAACCAAAAGCCAUCCUUUGCAACGGAAUGUACGGAUUCUCGGAUGCACUAUGUAGGGAAAGGCUCAAGAGACAAGUAACUCUCUGUGGCGGGAGUGUGACUGUCAAAAUGUUGGAAUACAAUCGAGCCUUGGUGGCGACACAAUUCCAUAAAGAUUUUCGUUCAUUUCUUCAUAAAAAGAAAACAAUGGUUCUAGUUGGUAUUGGGAUCCACGAUCAUUUCAACUUUAAAAGCGUGUUUAAUGAAUAUAUGUAUCCCGUUAUUGACAUGAUGAGAAAGAACAAAGCUUCAUGGCCAAAGAUGAUCUGGUUUUCCAAUCACAAAUUUGGUAUCCUGAAGUCUCCAAAGAUGCCAACACAAAGUAAUAGUCGCGUAGCAGCCUUCAACAAACGUGUGGUCAUCAAUCAGCCCGGGGGCUCCGUGCUCGGCAACACCAUCAGGUACAGGAGGACUCCCGCCCUCAUCAUCUGCCAGCACUGCAGCGCCACGGUUACCACCUCCGUCGACGACGAGACCAGUACUCUGCAGUGGAUCGCGUGUUUCUUCAUGUGUAUAUUUGGGUGCGCGCUGUUUGGCUGCUUAAUACCGUUCUGUAUAAGCGACUUGAAGGACGCAAAGCACUCGUGUCCCAAUUGCAAGCAGCUCGUUGGAAAGUUUUCUCAAAUAGGUUGAAAUAGUUUGAGAUAAUACUCGAGAAAGGGACCGUCACUGCUGGUUUGGUAAAUGAGACAAAACAUAUUUGCCAUGUUACACAAUAAUCUGAACAGUGUCUUGGUGUCAUGCUUGAACAGUCUCCAGGGAACCUAAAGAUUGACCUCAGACUUGUGCAUCAUGAACCUAUUUCAGGUCACAUGGCUUCUUCAUCUGUCCAUAUAUUGCUUGCGAGAGGCCUGUGUAUAUUUUUAACAAGUAGGAUGUAUCUGAUAGAGAGGAAAAUACUUUCACCGGAAGAGUGUCACAAUGAUGUUUUUUAUUCAUUAGAGUCGCUUCUUUUGCUUUGUGUAUAUACAUAUAUUUUGCAUGUUGAAUUUCUCAAUCAAUAUAAGUAACUAUAUGUAAGCCAUUUGGGAUAUCAGGGUAGGAUAGGUCCCAACCACGAUGUUUGUCGUCAGAAGUGACAACAUGAAUCGGGUGGUCAGGCUGGGUGACUUGGUUGAUUGCAUACAACAGUCAGGCUGGGUGACUUGGUUGAUUGCAUACAACAGUCAGGCUGGGUUACUUGGUUGAUUGCAUACAACAGUCAGGCUGGGUGACUUGAUUGAAUGCAUACAACAGUCAGGGUGUCACAUGAGUCGGAACUGUCGGAGAUAAAACCUGGAAAUCUUACUGUCACUAUUUGGUUUUUCAUACGCCACCUCCUGGAAGACCUACCGUAGCCAAAGUAAAAAAUUGCAAGUUGAAUGAUGUAUUCCUUAAAUGCGUCAAACCUUAUUACCUUGUUUAAUUGUUUUAGAUGGCCACAACGCUACACUUAUGUUUGACUGAGAAUGAAUGAAUGAAGAAUGAAUGAAUGAAUGAAUGAUAUAGCUCCAGUUGGUUCGUUGUUUUCCUGUGUUGUGUUUGUACAUACCAUACUUAUUUAGAUGACACUGUACGUAUGUUUAAAAAGAAACUAAAUUUGUGUUAUUCAUUCAGACGCUUGUAAAUUUCAGUUGCAAUAAACAAUAAUGAAUA